AUGUUUCAUGUGAUGCGGUUACGAUCGAUCGUGGAAGACCUGCUAUAUGUUUCUGGGAUGUGGAAACCAUGCGGUUACAUGAGGAGUAUGAAAUCAGAAAAUGGUGGAAUUGGUUCUGGUGAACUUCAGGAUCCUUACAUACCACAGGAUGACAAUGCUGAAAAUGUCAACUCGGCGAAUGGAUCAGUUGAGGAAAACCUUUCCACCAUUGAAAGUAUGUUCACCAAGCUAGUUGAGGAUAAUAAUUUGUUGGACUCAAAACUUGUAGAAGCAAUCGAAAGACAUCCUCUUGUUUGUGAUUUCUACGAAUGGAAAGCCAAGAUCAGAAUCUUCCAUAAUGAAGCAUCCGCGAAAUAUGGAGGUGGCAGUUCUACUGAUGCAGGCAGCAUUGGACCUUUAUCCCAAUGGUGGUCAGACAACGCAGAACAAAUUAACAGUGAUGAUGUUGUUGUCCGCACAAGAGAGUUAAGGCCAAGAAAUAAGCCCCAUGUACUACGUUCUCCGUUCAUUGUACGGGCAGUUGAUAUAACCAAACGUAUAUCACGUGCUCAGAAGGACCUAUCUGAAUGGGUUUUCUCAACACAAGGUCACCCAAGUGACGAACUUUUCAGGACUUGUGCUGGUGUAGCUGCUGAACGCUUUCACAUGGAAAGCCUUUUCCCCAAAUGUGAACUUUUUGGACACCUAUUCAUGCCAGUCGUUCGUGAAUUUCAUAUUUUCCUUGUCGUACUCGACUUUCAACAACCAGCCUUUUGGAUCAUUGACAACAUCAAAAGAUAUGCCGACACCCACGACACAUAUGGUUUACUACCAAACAUCAUUCAUUCAUACAUGAGUAAAUAUAUGCGGUCUGUUCACCAUCCAAACGCUGAAGCCUUUUCACAUGUCCCAAGACAAAUCCCCCAACUUUCUUGGUCAACAGUAAACAAUAGCACUGAUUGUGGUAUUUUUACUAUGCGUCACAUGGAGACGUUCAUGGGUGGAAACAUUAGAGAUUUCAAAACUAGAUUCAAGUCAGAGUCGCUUGCACAGGACAACCAAUUAUCUAGACUACGGGUCAUAUAUCUUUGCAAAAUAAUAAAUUCUGACUACAACCUGCUUAAGGAUUCAAUCCUUCAUCAGGUAGCGGAAUUCCAAAAGCUGAAUGCAUCUAACCGAAAACAACUACUGAAGGAUGUUGCAACCAGGAUACAUGACAGGCUGACUGAAUUCGGUUAA